GACAACGAGUCACAAACAACUGAGCGCCGUGUAUUACACUUUGUCUGGUUAGAAACCCUUAUACCGCACGGAGCUGAACAAAAACUUCCAGCACACCUUUAGGAAUGUCUUUUACAAGUCAACGGCGCAACAUCUCUCACAACCACCAUCAGAAGAUGAUCCUGGAGCACCGCAAACAGGAGGAAAGGCGUGAAGAUCAUUCCAAACGCGUCGUUAAAGAGCGGCAGCUUGAAGCCAACCUUAGCUGCGAAGACAGAAUCGAGAGAAAGCGUCUCCUACGCAAGCUGCAAGAUGAAGAGUAUGGCAAACAAAUCGAGGAAUCACUUCUCAGGGCAGAAGAGGACAAAUUAUUCAGAGAGAGGCAGCUUGAACAGGAGGAGAGGAUGGCCAAGGAGCUGGCAAGAAUUAAUAACGAGAAACUUCGAGAUGAGAAGAUGAGGCAGUAUAUUAAAGAGAACAGUGUUGAGCUCCGAGAGCUGGAGUUAAAGCUCAAGUCUGCUUACCUGAAUAGAGAGCGGGCAGCACAGAUGGCAGAAAAAGAAGCGAUGCGAUAUGAGACAUUGAGAGAAGAGGCUAUGAUUGCACGUACAAUGCGGGAUGAGCAUGAGCUUGCAGAGAUGGAGAAGGAGAAGCUGGAGCAGAAGAAGUAUGAAGAGGUGGUGCGAUACCAGCAAGAACUUGAGCGGCAGCUUGAGGAGAAGGAGCGCAAGAGGCAGGAAGCCUAUGAGGAGUUUCUUAAAGAGAAACACAUGGUGGAUGAAAUCGUGCGGAAGAUCUAUAUGGAGGAUCAGAUGGAACUUCAGUUACAACUUGAUAAGAUGAAGGCCACUCAGAGGUACAUUGAAGAUUUUAAAAAGCAACAAGCAGAGUGGAGACGUAUGGAGAGAGAGAAGGUGGAAGCAGAGAACAGACGCAUCAUUGAGUUUGCCCAGUACCAACAGAGGAAGGAGGAGGACAGAAUGGCCAAAGUCAGAGAACGAGAGCAGGCAAAGGAGACCCUGCACAAAAUGCUUUCUGAGCAGAUUGAGUUGGAAAAACAACAGCGAGAGAAGAUGGAGCGCGCACGUGAGGAACUUUGCUUGGAAGAGCAGGCAGAAGCUGCAAGGCAACAAGAAAUUGAAGAGAUGGAGAAGAGGAUCCGGCAGCGUCUGGAGCUACAGCAAACACAGCAAGAAAUGAUGGCCUUCAAGAAGUUGCGCUUACAAGAGGAAAAAGAGGAAGAGGAGGCCUUCAGACAAAUGAUGAUGGCUAAAUUUGCAGAAGAUGAUCGCAUUGAGCAGAUGAACGCUCAAAAGCGUCGUAUGAAACAGCUAGAACACAAACGGGCUGUGGAGCAGCUUCUGGAAGAGAGGAGACAACAGUAUCUGGCCGAACAAGAGAGGGAGGAACAGGAGAGAGCAGUUGAACUGGAGAGAGAAGCUCAGCGCAGGAAGAUCAUUGAAGAGGAGAGACAGAGGCUCCUGAAACAGCAUGCGACUAAACUGCUGGGAUACCUCCCAAAGGGUAUUUUCAAAGAAGAAGACCUGGAGCACUUUGAUGAGGAUUUUAAAAACAAUUUCAAGCAACGGCAGGCAGAUAUAUUCUCAGAUGAGGGCUGGGGAGAUGAUUCACAGUAGGGUAAUUCCACCAUGAUGGUAAUUUAUGAACACUACAUGGCAUUCUUUUUCAUUCUAAGCUGUGUCUACUGGACUAGUAUAGCUUGCUGCUGGGUGCAUCUUCCAUUUUCACAAAAGAUUAGAACAAACGUCAGACAUUAUGCAAAAAUGUUUCCUUUAAUAAAAUGUCCAUAGUAUGUUCAAGUUAAUUGUAAUUGUGUAAAUGUCAAACUUAUUUAAGCUAGUGAUUGUGGUUGAUGAUGAAAUAUUGGUCUCAAAAAGAUACUACCUAUUAAAGAUGAACAUUUGAAUUA